CCCUGUGGGCUCGCUCGCUGCGGGCAGGGUCAGAAGCCUGCGGGGAUCAGCAGCAGCUGCUCGAUUCCCUCUUCUCCUCCUGGUCCCUCUUCGCGGCCUCUCUGACCCCUUCAACCAUUCCUUCCUUGCUUUCUCGUUGCUUUCUCUCUCCCUCUUGUUCUUCUGUCCUCCCUUGCAUCUUCCCUCAUCCCUCCUUUGCCAUCCCUUCCAGGUCCCCCGGCGCAUCCUCCCCUCCUUGCGGCUCUCUCCAGUCCGAUUCUCCCCCUUCCAGCUGUCUUCUGAUUUCCCCACUUCCAUCCUGACCCCUUCCUGCCAACUCGAUGGCUUCCCACAGCGGGAAAUUAAAAGGAAAAGCUGGGAAUGAGGAAGAUUCUUUAUCUUUGUUCAGGAGCCUAAGGUUGCUUGCUGAUCACAAGAAGAUGUUUCUGUGGCUCUUUCUGGUUCUGUCAUCUCCAGUUUCUUCUACAGCUGCAGAUGCUGAUAUAUCUGUGGAAAUUUGCAGUGUUUGCUCCUGUGUGUCAGUUGAAAAUGUACUCUAUGUCAACUGUGAGAAGGUUGCAGUCUACAGACCAAAUCAGCUUAAACCACCAUGGUCUAAUUUUUAUCACCUCAACUUUCAAAACAACCUGCUAAUUAUUCUAUAUCCAAAUUCCUUCCCUAAUUUUACGCAUGCAGUGUCCUUGCAGCUGGGUAAUAAUAAGUUGCAGAACAUUGAGGGAGGGGCCUUUAUGGGUCUCAGUGCAUUAAAGCAGUUGCACUUGAACAACAAUGAAUUAAAGAUUCUCCGAGCUGACACUUUCCUUGGCAUAGAGAACUUGGAGUAUCUCCAAGCUGACUACAAUUUAAUCAAGUUUAUUGAACGAGGAGCCUUCAAUAAGCUUCACAAGCUGAAAGUCCUGAUCCUUAAUGACAAUCUGAUUUCAUUCCUUCCUGAUAAUAUUUUUCGAUUUGCUUCUCUAACCCAUCUGGAUAUACGAGGUAAUCGAAUACAGAAGCUUCCAUACAUUGGAGUUCUGGAACACAUUGGGAGAAUCGUUGAAUUGCAGCUGGAAGACAACCCCUGGAAUUGUACAUGUGAUUUGUUGCCUUUGAAAGCGUGGCUGGAAAACAUGCCCUAUAACAUCUACAUCGGGGAAGCUAUCUGCGAAACACCCAGUGACUUGUAUGGAAGGCUGCUGAAAGAAACCAACAAGCAAGAGCUGUGCUCCAUGGGGACAGGCAGUGAUUUUGAUGUGCGCAUUCUUCCUCCCUCGCAGUUGGAGCCUGGUUAUAGCACACCAAAUGGCCACACCACUCAAACAUCGGUGCACAGAUUAGUCACAAAGCCACCAAAGACUACAAAUCCUUCUAAGAUCUCGGGGAUAGUAGCAGGCAAAGCACUAUCUAAUCGCAAUCUCAGUCAAAUCGUAUCUUACCAGACCAGGGUGCCUCCUUUAACACCUUGUCCAGUCCCCUGCAUUUGCAAAACACAUCCUUCAGACUUGGGAUUGAGUGUAAAUUGCCAAGAGAGAAAUAUAGAGUCAAUGGCUGAACUUGUACCAAAACCCUUAAAUGCCAAGAAACUGCACGUAAAUGGCAAUUAUAUUAAGGACGUGGACACUACAGAUUUCAUUGAGUUUGAGGGGCUGGAUUUGCUGCAUUUAGGGAGCAAUCGGAUUUCAGUGAUCAGAGGAGAAGUUUUCCACAACCUUACAAAUUUACGGAGACUGUAUCUCAAUGGCAAUCAGAUAGAGCGUCUGAGCCCAGAGAUGUUUGCUGGCCUCCACAACUUGCAGUAUCUCUAUUUGGAAUACAAUGUUAUCAAAGAAAUCCUAGCAGGCACCUUUGACUUAAUGCCAAAUUUGCAGUUGCUCUACCUGAACAACAAUCUUCUACGAAGCUUGCCAGCGUACAUUUUUGCUGGUGCACCACUUGCUAGACUGAAUCUGAGGAACAAUCAUUUCAUGUAUUUACCUGUAAGUGGCGUUCUUGAUCAGCUAAAGUCUCUUACACAAAUUGAUUUGGAAGGUAAUCCAUGGGACUGCACUUGUGAUUUAGUUGCUUUGAAACUGUGGCUUGAAAAGCUAAAUGAAGGUAUUGUGGUGAAAGAAUUGAAAUGUGAAACGCCUGUACAGUUUGCUAACAUUGAACUUAAGUCUCUGAAAAAUGAGAUCCUCUGUCCUAAACUUUUAAACAAGCCAUCUGCUCUGUUCACUAGUCCUGUGCCCGCUGUUACUUUUACAACACCACCGGGACCAGUCCGGAGUCCUCCUGGUGGCCCAGUUCCAUUGUCCAUUCUAAUCUUAAGCAUAUUAGUUGUGCUUAUUUUAACAGUGUUUGUUGCUUUUUGUCUUCUUGUUUUUGUGCUUCGGCGCAACAAAAAACCAACUGUAAAGCAUGAAGGGAUUGGAAAUCAAGAAUGCAGUUCUAUGCAACUGCAGCUAAGAAAGCACGAUCACAAGUCAAACAAAAAAGAUGGACUAGGUGCGGAGGCCUUCAUUCCUCAAACCAUUGAGCAGAUGAGCAAAAGUCAUACCUGUGGCUUAAAAGAGUCUGAAACGGGCUUCACGUUUUCUGACCCACCAGGGCAAAAAGUCAUUCUGAGAAACAUUAAUGAGAAGGAGAAAGAUCUGUUGCAUGUGGAUACCAGAAAAAGACUUAGCACAAUCGAUGAACUGGAUGAGUUGUUCCCUGGGAGGGAUUCCAAUUUAUUUAUUCAAAAUUUUCUUGAAAGUAAAAAAGAAUACAACAGCAUAGGGGUCAGUGGCUUUGAAAUACGUUAUCCAGAGAAACUGCAGGACAAAAAAACCAAGAAAUCCCUAAUAGGUGGUAAUCAUAGUAAGAUUGUAGUAGAACAAAGAAAAAGUGAGUAUUUUGAACUAAAAGCUAAACUUCAAGGUUCACCUGACUACCUGCAAGUCCUUGAAGAACAAACAGCUUUGAAUAAAAUAUAGGUCAUACAAUCUUAUUGCCUACAGAGGACAUUUAUUUAAUGAUGAAAGUGCCUUUUGUUGACUUUUAACUUCCAAAUACUAUAUUAUAUUGAUAGGCAUAGAGGCAGGUGUAUCCAAGGGUGUCUGAUUAACUGUAGCUGCAUAUGGUUUGUCAAGUAGAGGAGAAUUUCCUUAAUAGGUUUUACUACAUAAAGCUCAUGCCCUGUGGAAUCCUGUAGGGAUACUGCAAACUCUAUUGCCAAAGGGAUGCUUUAUACACGUUACACUGAAUUUAACCUCAAGAGGCAUAUAUGUUUUGUACCUUAAAUGCAAAACCAUCGUCUCCUUGUGCUUUGUUAGAACAAACACAAGAAACCUGGUACUGGUAUCUGUACCUCAGCUGGGUCCUUCAUCCUGCACGUGGAUUUAAGUUGGUGGAACUGGAGUAAAUCCUUUGAUCUGUGGUGUUGUAAUGACACUCUUUAAAGAUUAUCUGGAAAGUAACAAGCAUGCAAAGAGAGAACAUUCGAUAGUAUGUGUAAAUUGGUUGCAUUUAUGGCCUGCAUCUUGAAACCACUGGAAUUAUAAUGUUAAAUUGUGCAAAUAUUUGUUUAAAAUAUACCAUGCAUCACAUACCUAUGAAAUAAAUUUGACCACUUGAAGCAUACAUGUCUAUACAUAAAGUUUAAAAAAAAACCAAGAAAAAAGGAAAACAGUUCAACCUGACUUCUGCAGUAUUUGUGGCAUUUGAAGAAAAUACUUGGUAUUUAUGCAGAAUCUCUUGUAAGACUCAUCUCCAAUUACAACUAGAGUUCCUUCUCAGUUACAUGAAACACUUGCAACCCCAACAGGUUGUCCAGAAUUGUCAAAGUGCUUACUGUGUGAGCGUAGCAGAAAUUAUUUUUGUAAUAUAAUUCAUAUUUAUGAAAUACUUUGUAUACUAAAUAGGAAGAAAUAUGUACUCCUUAAUAUGUAUUUAAUAUGCCUGACUUGGGUUUUUUUUUUUUUUUUUCCUGAUCAUGGUGCAUUAAUCAUUCAGUAUAAAUAAAACCAGAACAAUAUACCAAACAGAAGCUGAGGGUGUAAUGUAUAGAAUUAUCCAGAAUUAAGUGAUCAGAUAUAAUAAUAAUAAUAAUAAUAAUAAAAUUGUUCUGUACUAUUCUUGUGAAAUUAGCAUAUUAUCUUAUUUUGGAUUUGUUACCAAUGGUGCAUUUUGAAAUAGAUUCCUUAGAUUUUUAGUAUUGUGUCUCAGGCAAUUAUUUGCCAUCAGUUGUCUUGCUUUUCAGGGUUCUACAGUUUAAAUAGUUUUCACUACAAGUCUUUACAGGAAUUCAUGGUAAGGGUAAUAUUUUAACUGUGAAUGCAGAAGUUCUCUGUUCUUACUAUCUGGAUUCUAUCAGUCAGAAAAAGAAAAAUUAUCAGAACAGAGUAUGGCAAAUUAUGUCUGUUUAAAACCACAAUGUGAAAUGAAUAUAGUUAUCUCAGUUCAGAAUGUUGCGUAGCUUGUAUCUAGAGAGUCAAAACUUGCCUUUGUGAAAACUAAGUCUGAGUAGCUAGGAACAAA